AUGGGUGUCACGGCCAGGACUACGUUUCCCAGCGGCUCCUCCGGGGGCUGCACAUGCUCGGUGCGGCUCCCGGCGACUCCCGGCAGCUCCCGCCGCCGAGCCCGCUGCAGCGCAGGGGAGUUCGGUGCGUCUCCCGGCGGUCCCCGCCGCACUUCCCGGUGCAGCUCCCGGCCGUUCCCGGUGCGGCUCCCAGGGCGGCUUCCGCUGCAGCUCCCAGUGGCUCCCAGGGCGGCUCCCGGCGCGGCAGACUCCCGGUGCGCCCUCGGGAGCGGACGGCCGAGACCCGGGGCUGAUCCUUGCCCAUCCCAGCCUCACCACCGGGCCCGGGGCCGAGCUUUCCCCCGGCACCCACCCGCAGCCCCGGCGGCAUGCCCCGCGGGCGAGCCUGGACGCAGGCGGAGGUGAGCAGCCUCCUGGCGCUGGUGGGGGGCUCGGGUGAGGCCGCCUUGCUCAUGGCCUCCACGUCGCGACCCAACGAAGCGCUGUGGCAGGAGAUCUCCCGAGGGCUAGCGGCGGCCGGCUACGGGCGCAGCGUGGCCCAGUGCCGCUCCAAGUGGAAGGCGCUCAAGCAGGCUUUCCAUUUGGAGCGGGAGACACGCCGGAGGGCCGGCUGCCACUCGCCCCGGCUGCCCCCACACUACCGAGCCAUGAAGAGCAUCUGGAAGGCGGCCGGGCGGCCAGUCUUUGGCGAGCGGAGGAUGCCAGACCUGGUGAAGCUGCCCCCCAGGAAGCGCAGGUCAGCCCUUGCUGCCCGCUCUCCAUCCUCGCCAGAGCCACCAGAGCACGAUGUUGGCAGGGACGCCCCGGGCAUGCUGCUGUCCCCGCUGCUGCAGUGUGUGAAGGAUGAGCCAGACAGCCCAGCUGGUAGGGACCACAUCGCUGGAGUGCCGCCCACUCCCCAAGCUGUGCCACACGCCGGUGGCUGCUUUCCUCCCCAUCCCCUCCUGGGUGAGUACCAUGCCCAGGCCAUUGUGCUUGUGCAUCCCCGGGCAGGAGGCAGCCGCAGCUCACCGGCUGGGUCUGCUCUCCUUACAGACUGUCACACCACCCUGAAGCAGGAAAGAGCUGAUCAAAAGGCUGGUUUUCCUGGUGAGACGUCCCCGGGGAUGGGAAGAGGAAACCAAGUGCUGCCAGUGGCCGCUGCAGCCCCAGGCUCCCUUGGGACAUCUGCCAUGAGCGAGCAGCCGGCAGCGGGUGAGGAGGUGUCAGACGCAAGCCUGCAUGGCUCUGGUGUGGCAGGCUUGCUCCAGAGCGUCCAGCAGCUGCUGGUACAGAUCCUACAGACGUCGCGGCAGCAGCAGGCGCUGCUGGAGAGCCUGGCCAGUGACACCGUCUCCCACCUCCAACUCCUCUCCCACAGCCUGGUGCAGGUGGGAGAGACCCUGCACCAGCUCCUGCUCCGGCCACAGACCCACCUCAGCCCCCUUGGCCACUACGCUCCCCAUGUGCCCCUUUUCGAGGGUGGCCCCGGGGUGCCCUGUUCCCCCGGCUCUCCCCACGCCUCCCUGGAUCACAAAGAGGAGCCUCGGGUGUCCCCUGCCACUGGCUGCACCCCGCCAUGAGUGCCACCAUCCCCAGCCCCAGGGGCAACAGCUUUGCUACACAGCCCCGGAUAUUUUGGAAGUUUAUAGAAGAGAGACAUUUUAAUAAAACUAAAAAUAGCUUUUUUUACCA